AUCUUUGAAUUCCCGGGAGGACGAGGAAGACGAUCAGCUGUUUCUCAUCGGUAUGCUGUCGACGUACGAUGAAUUUCGUGAAAAUAAUUAACGUCGAGAUUAGAUAAUUAAUUUAUUUUUAUUGCUCCCGAGGUGAAAGUGAUUCGCUGAUAUUUUCGUUGAUCGUUUUAAGUGAUUACGGGAGUUUUUCUACCGAACACCAGUGGCUCGAGUGUCAACGUCAUGUUUUCACGUUAAAAACCCCUUUCAACAAUGAGUUCAGCGUACGUAUCAAGAAUAAACCAACUGGACGCCCUCCAGUUGGACGAGGAAAUCCACCGAAUUUUCGUCGCCCGAUCCCAAGAAUUAUCCCGUCUCUUUACUCCUGGAGUCACCGAAAAAUGGACACCAGAGAUUCACGCGGCCCUGAGAUCGCUCAUUUUUAUAUUUUCCCUGGGGACUGGAAAGUCUUCAUUCGGCCAGAAAUUACUCGAUCUCACCUACAUUGAUUUAACGCGCAAUAAAUCAAUCCUCUUUUUCAUCCUCUCGGUUGUCCCCAAGUACCUGGAGGAUAAGUACGUCGAUCCGAAUAGGAUUGCCGCCACACCGCGUGAUAAAAUAAUCAGGAAGUACCUGGGGAAAAUAAUGAACGUUGUGGGUCUACUGAGUUUUAUAAAUCUGUUGAUUUUCCUCAAUCGAGGAACACAGCCGAUUAUUCUGGAGAGACUGCUGGGCAUCUCCAGUAGGAACAUUGCGACGACGAGACCCAGGACCAUUGGGUACUCCUACAUGACCAGGGAAUUACUCUGGCACGGGCUCAUGGAGCUGUUCACGACGGGUUUACCGAUGAUUAAUUUCCAUUAUCUGAAGCGAUGCUUCGUUUCUUAUUUCAGUAAACGAGGAAUAAAAGACACGAAAGGGAAUAUUAUUUGUAGGAUGACAAGCCAGACACUGUGUCCUUAUUGUGGAGAGACACCGGUGCUCCCUUGUCAGGCAGGAUGCCAUCAUAUUUAUUGUUACUACUGCAUGAGUGCAUAUUUUAAAGUUGCGGGGAGCUUCGAUUGCAUGGCUUGUGAAACUGAAUUAUACGAGAGGGAUAUGAAGAUGUAUUCUGUACCUUCGUGAUGUGAUAAGAGUUGAGAAUAUUGAGUUUAACUUCAAUGUCUGGUGUUUGGAGAGGAGAGCACAACAAUUUUGUACUGCGGUGUGAAGAGCGUUCAAUAAAUUCCUCUUUCGGAAAGACCAUAUUUUUUUAUUUAUAGAAAUGAUGUAUUAUUUAUUGGUGGGAGGUGACAGCUUCAGAAAUCCUCAUCUCCAUGACUUUUGAAUGAAAAUAGUCAUGACAUGAUAGCUUAUCAUAUUAUUUUAGCAGCGAGUCUGGGUUUUCCUCUGGAGUUAAGGUUACAGUCCAAAUGAAAAAGCCAUUUGCGAUAAAUUUUUGUUUUGCCAUUGCUUGGAUAGAAGGAAACGAGAAACAAACUUCAGACUAUGAAAUUCAUGCCACAGUAACUGGGGCUAUUUUAUUCAUCAGUUCAAAAUUCCCAUUAUUUUUUCAUGAAAAAAAAGAAAAAAAAUCGAUAGUAAUCCAUAGGAUCACACAGACGUACACAGCAUAUCAUUUGCAUAUCAAAAUUUUCAAUUACUAAUAUAUAAAAAAAUAUCAUGCAGCAAUAUAUAAAAAGACAUUUUUUUUCGAUUUUUUUUGUAACAAUAUUUCAUACUCUCUCUGUUCGAUCAUCUGUGAAUUAUCUUGUCAGAGUGAAACCGACGAGCGAGUCUCCGUUUGAAAUUUCGAAUGUUUUAUUCACUCAAAUGUAUUCCUCAGUGCAAUUGUUCAAAAGCAACAUUAUUAUCUCCCCGUACAAUCAUUCAGUGGAAUGUCUACAAUUACAACAAUACACGCUGCCUAUUGAUUUACUACAAUUUUCAUUUUUCUAAAUCUCACGAUAUUUUAAAAUAAACAUUUGAUUAAAAAAAAAAAUACGCAGCGACGGAGUCAGGUGACUUUUCUCAGUUCCAAAGGAUUUUGAACCUUCGAGUCCAUAACAAUUAAGUUGAAUACAAUCGCUACUCUCGUGGAUGGAAGAAAUUCAACAGGGAAGUGGCAAAACAAUCAAUAAAUUUUUCGUGGAGUUGAAUUUUUGAAAAAUAUUUUCAGUUCUGUAGAAUUUUCGUUCAUCCACUCCCCUCCUAAAUUAUUUAAAACAACAAUUCAACAUCGUGAGAUAUGUCAUGUGGAAAUUAACAAUAACAUUCGCGGAUACCCUCGCUCGACCCUUUCCCCUCCCAACAGUAUCUUCACAAUCUCAAUUUCCCCUUCGUUUUCCCUUCAUUAAUCACUAGAUUAAUUUAUUCGUAUGAACAUAGGUGACAUUUUUUUUUCAUGCAGAAUAAUUAACAUUAUCAUAAAUCAUCUUCAGACUUGAAUUACAUUUUUCUUUUCUCAAUUGCACUGUACCGUUGAAACCUCGUUACCUUAAAGUCAUGCAAAGAAAAAAAAAAUAUGUUAAAAAAAUGAAAAAAAAAUAUUCAAUCUCGAACACUGAUUUGAACAAGUACGAGCGCAAGUGAGACUUGAUUUAUUCGGACAGACAAUUCAAUAUAAUGACCGAAAUUAUUCAAGACACCAAAGGGAUCGGAACAACGGACGAUAUUACACGAACACAAUUGGAUUUAUCAUUUACGUUUCAUGUGAAUUACUUCUGCACUAUCGUUCAAUCGUUCAAACUCUUUUUUAUGAAUUCAUCUACUAUAUUAUUCUACCAGUGACUGGCGGAUUUCAGUUGUGAAGUGAUAGAGCGUAAUUGAUCUUCAGGAUUUAAGAGAAAUUUUAUUUCUCAUGUCAAACAAAUUUUGACAUUUUUUUAACCCAUGCAAUUAUCUUGUUGGUGAUUAAUUAUUCGAGGAAAUGUCGUUAAAUCUUUUUUGUAGCUGACAAAAUUGUCUACAAAAAAUAUCUUGUGAUAUUUUUCCCUAGAAUCACUCAUUACGAAGACAACGAACGAUGGAAUGUGAAGAAUUAUCUAGCUACAGUCCAUCACUUCACGCCUGACUCCACUGUUAAUAUCUUAUCAAAAAAAGAAAAAAAUUAAACACUGAAAAAUAAUUUAUGUUUUUCGUAAGUUAAAAGUUCCUAUUAAUGGGUCAAUGAUUUAAUUCGGGGUAAAACAGAAUCGUUCGCUAGGCAGUUGGACAUAUCACGCUGAACCAAAUCGAGCAAAGAAAAAAAAAUAAAAAUAUAUUAUUGAGGGAAUAAAUAUUUUGUGAGAAAUCGAUUUGGCCCAAGGCAAAUUACUCCUAGAUGCACUGCGUACGUGAGCAGAGCUCGUUACCUAACGCAUUCUUGAAAAAAAAAUCUGACUUUUAAAUUGACAUAAUGAGUUAAGGCGAUGUUUUACUAUUCACGUGUACCUUAUUAUCGUAAAAUCGUACCGUUUCGGUUUCCAUAUAAUUUUUAAGUUCUAUUUAUAUAUUUAUAAUUCAUCGAGUGAAUUAUCCCUCACCACUGGUUAAAAUAUGUGACAAGUGGGGCAAAAUGGAGGAGUUUCUCAGCUAAAUUGCACUUUAUUUUUCCAUGAAUAUCUCAGAAGCUAGAAAAAUGCGUUAAAUAAAGGAAAUACCUUCAAAAAAGCAUUGGACCCGAAGAAAUUCAUUCAAAAACUCAUUGCAAAAUGGAAAUCGAUUUUUCAAACUACUUAUCAACAUGAAAAUUCCCAUUUUAUCCCACCUAGUGGUGAACCGACUUCCUAUUUAUUCGCAAAAUAAUAAUAAUUGCAUAAUCAGAUGAUAAAUUUAAUGACAUCGCCCCAGGACGUGCAUCCAGCGCCCUCCUUAUUAGUAAUAAAUAAUAUAUCGUUAUCUGUAAAUAUAAAACUCGAAAACGGCCGUUAUCAUUAAUUCAACGAUUCUCGCAGUUGGUCUUCGAGCUUAGUCUCAAUAUCCAUCGUUUUUAUUCUCAAUAAAUAUGAGAAGCCGCUGCAUGCAAUCAUCCACAUCAAUGACACCCUUUCCCCCCAAACCUGAACGUUUUUUUUUCCUAAAUUUUUAUAAUUUUAAUUUUUUUUUUCAUUUUUAACUAAGUCUUAAGAGUGCCUAAAUCAGUAUGAUCGUAAUCAUCACAGACAGAGAUUGAACAGAUUUUUGCUAGUUAAAUGAGAA